GUCGCUUCGCGCGCGCCGUGCCGUGUGUUUAGUCUUUCCGCUCUCGCCUCACUGUGACCGCCUCUCGAUCGUGGAGAACAUCGCGAUUCCGCGCGACGAACGGUUGCAUUCUUCGACUUUCAAACAGAUUCUUUGUUAUCGGACUCGAGUGAACGACGGUACCGGGCGCACGUGUACGUAACCUCUUUGUGCUCAGUAAUUCGACGCAUCCAGACUUAGGUGUUACUUUCUACGCUCCGGCUCGGCCCGCCGGCUGAGGUUCGGUGGUGGAUCAAUCGGUUCAGAAGGAAAGGCAUUCCGGCUUCCGUUCUGAAAACGAUCGACGACGCGAAAGUGGAGCGGCCACGCGGGAUCCGGUUUCGGAAGGUCGGAAAAAUAUGAGCAUCUCGUAAAGUCGGUUAAAGUGCAGCUUUCAGACACCAGAAGGGGUACACACGAUGGAGACCGAAGAACUCACUAGGCUCGUAGAUGAGAUCUACAAGAACAUCCUGGACAAGUUCAAUCCGGGAGCGAGGCAGCUGAUCAAUGCCGGCAAAGCAUAUUUGAAGGCCCUCCACGGUGCCGCAGCCGCAUCCCGGGUCUACGUGGACGCUUUGUCGAAAUUAGCACUGCAGGCGCAACUGGGUACAUGGGGUGGCUCCAAGGAUGUCGGGUACGCGCUGAUGAGGAUCGUCGAGGUCUACAAGCAGAUACAGGAGCAGGAGAUGAAUAUCCUGAAGGCGUUCUACGUCGACCUGCUGGUCCCCCUCGAGACGAACCUGGAGAAAGACACGAAGGUGGUCCAGAGCGAGCAGAAGAAGUUCCUGCAGCAGCACAAGACCAGGUCCGAAACGUACAGCAAGGCGGCAGCGACGAUGAAGAAGCAGAGGAAAAAGUCGAGGGGCGCGAGCAAGAGUGGCCUCGCCAUGGACAAAGAGCUGAAGAACAUGCAGAUCCUCGAGGAGGAGAAGUCCAAGCUAGACGCCUUUUGUGAGCAGAGCUUGAAGAAUGCGAUGACGCAGGAACGAAGGAGGUACGGCUUUGUUCUCGAGCGACAAUGCUCCUUGGCGAAACAUUAUGCGAGUUUUCAUGAGGUCGCAUUAUCUGCUCUUCAUCCCUCGGUUGAUAAGUGGCGCGAGGUAGCUGCUACCAGGGAAUACUUACCCCAAUCCGUGGAAGAUAUGUUCGCCUCCAGACUCAGGCAAGUUUCAUUUUGGCCCGAGGACGAAGAAAAUGGUGGUUCGGAGCUCACGAUGAGCUCGCAGUUGAGGAAGACCAGAAGCAUGGACAGCUCUUGCUUGGAACUUCGACCUGGACCGCCUUCCGGAAACGUGUCGAGCACCACUUAUCAAGGCCCAUCAUCACACUUACCUACUGCUCUGUCUAGAGCUAGGUCGGAAGCCAACCUUCAUGCUUCGACGUUAUCUUUGGACCCGGAGGUCCCGGAAAUCCCGCCGAGGCCGAGGUCCAUGGCGCCUCCAGCGUCACGCAACAGCAGCAGCGGCGGCGGCGGCGGCAGCGGCACUGGGGUGAGUUCCGGUGGUUGGGGCGAUGCACCCCUCGCGAGGGCUGUCUAUGCCUAUUUGAGCUCCGGGGAAAAUCAGCUGAGCUUCCUGGAGGAUGAUCUCAUCGCGUUGAUGGGAGAUCGUCAGAAGGGCUGGCAAUUCGGGGAGAAUCUGCGCACGCACAGCUCCGGAUGGUUCCCACUGGCGUACACAGAAAUUAUUAUCGACGAUGCUCUUGGAUCGCCAAGUCAUGGAACAAACAAUGGCCGCGCGUCGGAGCCACAGGCGGUUCCACCGUGCAAGCCUCCACCCUCGCGGGCUCCGGUGACACCGAGCAGCAUGGAUGAAGUGUCGAGUGGUUUCCACGGGGUGGGAAACAACAACGCGAACAACAGCAACAACAAUAACAGCAGCAGCACUCCGACUAUCGUGCCGAACAGCAACAGUUCUCAUAAUCUAGCUACGCCCACUGCACGCCAAUCCAAACCGAUCCGUCCGUCGGGCACGUUGCCCACAGUUUUGGCCGGCGGCCGCAGGAUACAGCCACCUGCUCCGCCAGUUCCGCCGCCGCAGGUCGUCACGUCGCUUCACAGCAGCAACGACAGCGGGUUCUCGAACGAGCCGCCGGCCCAGCCCGACAUCGACUACAGCGACGACGAGGCAAUGAGAUGCAUGCCUUUCGGCCGUGGAUUCCAGCGAUGGAGCUGGCAGCUGUACAGGACCGCGAUGGACCUGUGGGCGGAGUCGAACGCGAACCAGAGCAACGAGAACGGCGAAGGCAGGUACACCUCUAACCGCCAUUACGACAGCCAGGACCGGAAGAACGGCAGAGACUACUCGGUCCGUGGCACCAUGGAGAACGGACCUAGCAGGAAGUCCGGCAAGAAGUCCCAGGAAAAGCAGAAGAACGAGUACGAAAGCCGCGGCCACGGCAAUUCCAGUCACAAGUCCAAGUCGACCAGCAACGAGGAGCAAUCCAGGAGUUCGUCUCGGAGGAAGAACGACCAGGAGCAGGAUCGCCGUGAGUCGAAGAGAGGCAAGGACCACGAGGAAACCGAGGAAGAUGAAAUCGAGUUGGAGGAAGAAGAAGAGGACAGCUACAGUGCCAGGAUCGAGUAUCAGAAGUACGACGGGAAAAAGUAUUACACGGACAGGGUAGACAGCCAGGAGCGCAAUUCUCGACGCGGCUACCGCAAUUCAGAGCAGGAAGAGCCUAAGUACGAGAACGAGAAGUCGUCGUCGGCCUCUUCGUCCGGCACCGAUGACGAGAGCACGAUCACCAUACCGGAGACUGGCCGGAAGGUCGAGCACAUCGCUCAGAAGUUGGAGCAGACCGCGCAGAAGUACGCCAGGGAGCACAGUCCGCCGAAGUUCAUCGAGCGUCGGGACUAUCGCAGCUUCGAUCGCAGGGAGGAGAAGCAGGCGCCGCCGCCUUACGAAAGAUACAAUGAAACCGAGAGGAACAGGGGCCCUCAGAGGUACGAGCGCGAACGGGAUCGUUAUUUCGAGAAGUCCACGCCGAUGCGGAAGACGUCUACCUACGAAAGGGACAGGACCUUCGAGAAGAACCCCGACAGGAACAGGAACGUUGAAAGAGCUUCCGGUAGACGGUUCGAGAGACCCAGGCCGCCUUCCGAGGAAGCGCCCGAGAGACCCACCGAGCCUAGAAGCGUCUACAGAGAGCGUAGAUUCUCCGACAAAGAGGAAGCUAUCUACGGAGAAACCAGGUUUGUCAGAGAGGUAACCGUCGACAAGGAGCGCGGGUACGAGUCGAACUUCGAGACCAAGCUGGAGAGGACGAAGGUGAUCGAGAGACACGGAUACCAGAACUCGUUGGGGCAGGGGAACCUUCAGAAGUUCCCUAGGAACGAGCAACGGAGUCUGGAGAAGAACGACACUAAUAACAACACUUUGAAGGACGACAAUAGGAAACCUUUGCUACCUAGGCAGACCACUGCGGUUGGACACCUGAUUCAAACCGGCAGAGCCUUCGACGACUCCAAGAGUCCUAAAUUGGUGAAGAGGACUAAGUCUUUCUGGAGGUUCAGAAGGGAUUCCGAUGUCCUCGAAGGCAUGGCUUUGUGGCAGCACAGGUCUUUGGUGGAUAUCCCCAAGAUGAUUAAGAAGGAGUCGAAGGACGACAGUGGGAACUCCGAGGAGCCUAAGAAGCAGACUCCGGAAGGCAGCCCUAACUCCCGGCACAGUCUGGAGACGAGGAACAGCGAUGUGACGAUCACCAACGAGACUCGGCCGGAAGAUCUGAAGCCUGCUGAAAGGAGUCACGUGCCGGAGAAGUCUGAUUAUUUCGAGGAUUUCCCUACGCCGGCCGAGAGACCUAAAGCUGUAGAGAGGUCGGAGUACAGGAUGCAUCAGGAGGAGAGGUCCUACUUCAUGGGCAACGUGUCUAGAAAGGCUAUUAUCGAGAAAGAGCGGAAGCGCAGCUUGGAGGCUAAGAGGAAUAUGAUUGUAGCCGAGCUGAAGGAGAAUAAUGAGGCGAAGAGGAACGAAAGGAGGAAAAAGUACACCGACGAUGAGGACGGAAUGACGCAGAAUUUCAGCGAGACCGAGGCGUCCGACGAGGAGUCCACGUACAGCUGCAUCGUCGUUAAGGAUCAAACAGUCGCUGAAAAGACCCUGCUACCGAGGACUAAGCUCCGCAGGGACUCGGAUCGGGAAAGGGAUAAAAAUACGUGCGGACCUUGGUACGAUCUCUGGGGGGUGGAUGCCUCGGUGAACAAGAAGAAGAAGAAGCAACAGUAAAUCUCUGGCCCGCUCCAUCGAUUUGGCCGCGUCCUGAACUCCUUCGCAGCGCUUGCGGUUUCUGGAAUCUACGACUGUCGCGGGAUUCAUUAAAAUGGGAGUGAAAAUGACGGAUAUUCUUCUUAAUUGCUUCUUUUUCGGAACUUCAAGGUUGAAGCUGAAGGAAAUUCGGACGUGAGACAUAGAAUUUAAAAAUUGAAAAAGAAACGGGAGAUACGAGUACGGAGGUAUCGGAGAAGUUUUUUUGAAUUCUAGACAUCUAUUUUUCGAGGAAGGAUGAAUUUUUUGUGAGAAUGAAACUAAAUAACAAUUCCACGUGGCGUCUAAUAAUAAAUUCAAACGUGAAACUCGAUAGUAAAAGUUUAAUAGUUCUACAACGUGUGACGAGACGCAUGCGGCUAUAGAAAUUUAUUUUUGGCCGGCCGCGGUAAUCGUAAAUCCGAAUGACGAAGUGCUAGUAAAUUUAAAAUGCAUAUAACUGGCUGUAAAUAUGAAACGGCGUGGAGCUACGUCAGCGGCCAGCGAGCAAAAGAACGACGUAGGAGUACGUCAUCGGCUGCCGAUGCGUUCGGAGUGGUUAAUUAUUAUCAGGAUACAAGGAUAUCGGAGGAAUCUGUGCCUUUAACUUUCGAUGAUUCGAAGAUUCCGAUGACUGGGAGAGAUUCCGGGGCGAAUGUUAACGGACACCUAACACUUUAACGAUUUCUUUCUUUUAAGAUUUCAUUUGUUUGUUUUUUAGUUUUUGCGUUAUCGUUACACCAUGAUUUCUCUCAUCGUCGUUCACACGUUCCGUUCACCUUUCCCAUUGCUUGCGAGGCGUCAGCAGCACCCCGUCUUAGCGAGCGUAGCUGUUGUUUUUAAAUACGUUUGCGCUUUCGUCGACGCUCGUACUACGAUCAAAAUCGACGCGAUGACGUUAAGCGAUUAUGAUGCACAGAGCUGCG